GUCAGGAGAAAGAAGACCUACAGAGGCACACGCUACUACACCCACUCCAUCCCGCCGGUGUCCCGUACCGCCCAGACGAACGGGUGCCCGAGGCCGAGCUCCACGGCCUGCUUCGCGUCUGCCCGCGAGAUGCUCCCGAAGCUGACGUACACGACGGAGCCUCGCGGCUUGCCGUCAAGCCACCGGCGGCACUCGCCGGGGUCGAUGGCGGACGCCCGCAGCCCUCUCGCUGCCAGCGUCGUGCGGCUCUGGUGGUAGGUCGACACCUGCCCGACGGUCCAGACCUUCAUCCUCCGGGCCGCGGCGUAGUUGAGUGGGAACUCGGCGAGCCGGACCGCCAGGCGGAAUCGACGGUCGGGCGCACCAGCGCGGCCGUGGACGGGGGCCCGACGAUGGUGCAGCCCGUGCCGUGGGUGGCGAGCAGCAGUGCGGUGUUGACGGCCCUCCCGGCAGCCAAGAACUCGGCGAAGCAGAGGGAGCCCGCGGCGUCGCUCGAGCGGCGGCUGGGCCUCGGCGGGAUGGGCCGCCGCGGCCUCCUCGCCCCUGCCGAUGCCGACACCGGCCUGCCCGCGCCGCCGAUGCCGGGGCUCAUGCGCUUGCGCUGCGCCGUGCAGCACUACGAGUGGGGCCGCGGCGGCGUCGGCUCCCUCGUCGCGCGCCUCGCCGCCGGGGACGCCGCCGACGAGGACAGCCCGUGCGCCGAGCUGUGGAUGGGCACGCACCCGUCCGCGCCGUCCUCGCUCGCGCCCGACGUGUCGCUGCGGGACUGGAUCGCGCACAACCCCGCCGCGCUCGGCCGCGCCGUCGCCGCGCGCUGGGGCGGCGACCUCCCGUUCCUCUUCAAGGUCUGUCGCGCCGCCCCGACGAUCGGGGGCGCCGGCACCGGCGCGGGCAGGGGCCGCACGCGGUUCGUCUUCGCGAGCGCGGGCUGCCAUGCUGGCGGCGGCGGCAUGGACGAGGCCGCCAUCGCCGCGCUGCCGCGGAGGGAGGUGGCCGCGGGGGACCCGCCCACAGACUGCGCUGUCUGCACAGAGGAUAGAGGAGACCCGGGUUAAACCCAUUUGAGAUGGGGCGGG